CCCAUUUCCCCACCAACAGUUGUCCUCACUGGGAGCAGCGAGCUGACGCAGCAGCAUCCAGCGCCUGUUUACCGCUGCCUUUACUUAAAAGACGCUCGGUCGAAGACAUCGGGUCUUAUGUCAUUUGCGAUGAAGAAAAUAAAAUGCCCCUUUUCCUGACGACCACACGGUGGCCAAUGACGAUCUCCUCCGGCGUUCUGGACUGACAUGGACGCAAGUGACAUUAAGGAUGUGAAGCUGUCACCGGAAGUAGAACCAUUCAUCCCGCAGAAGAAAGGUCUCGAAGGAUCCCUCUUUACGAUGAGUCUUUCUGGAGAGGCUAAUGGUGUCGGAGGAGGUGGUGGAGGUCUUGGUGGGGGCAGCGGAGGGGUGGAAACCACUCCCAUACCGAGCUACCUCAUCACCUGCUACCCCUUUGUCCAGGAGAACCAACCUAACAGACAUCAUCCCAUGUAUAAUGGAGGGGAGCUGCGCUGGCAGCAGCCUAACCCCAACCCAAGUGGGCCGUACCUGGCAUACCCCUUCCUGUCCUCUCCACAGCCCCCUGUGUCGAAUGAAUAUGCCUAUUACCAAAUUAUGCCUGCUCCGUGCGCACCAGUCAUGGGCUUUUACCAGCCCUUCCCCGGAACCUAUGCGGGACCCAUGCAAGCUGGAGUCGUGAACCAAGUUUCAACUGAUGUUGGUGAAAGGCCUUUGCCACUGGGGCCAGUGUAUGGGGUGGCAAGCCAGCGUGGGAGAGGCAUAGCCCGGCCUAAUAUUCUCCCUAAGCAACAGCAAGGUGCUUGCCAGGCUCCGAGAGGUCGCCGGCCCCCCACCAGGAAUGUAGCUGUGCAGAAGGAGGUGUGCACCAUUGGACUGGAUGGGAGAACUAAAACUGUCAUGCUUGUGGAUGCAGCUCAGCAGACUGAUUUACCCGGUGAGAUAUCGGGGCGCUGUGCUGCUGAGCGAGUAAGUCCACAGCUGUGGAAAAGCCGAACAAAGAGAAGGCGGCCUUCUCAUCCAGCUGAUGGCUACUUGGAGCAGGGGGCUAGCGAAGUUGAUAUUGAUAGUGACAGUGGCUACUGUAGCCCCAAACACAACCAAGGAGCAGGAGUAGCACUGCGUGCAGCAGAGACCUCUGUAGCAGCGACGGGAAUUGAAGCCAGUGUAAUGACAGCUGGUAACUGGGUAAACAUGGCUGCUCAGCCCGCACAGAAAACCUGGAGCGAAAGAAACGGCACUUUCCACAGAUCAGACCUGAGAAAAGGAGUUGAGCAGAAACCCGUCUCACAGGAUUUUCAAAAUGGCUAUCAAGGUCGUGCCGCAAAUAUGCAGUCGGACAAAAAACAGCAGGCAGCGAUUGUCCCUGGCAGUGAGCUCGCUCCAGAGCCCCUGUACUUUGAGGAUGAAGAGGAGUUUCCCGAUUUAGCUUCAGGUGGGACAGCCCAGCGCUGCACCAAAGCUGACACUUCCCCAACACACGGACAGUCUAACUUCUCCAAAAACCUGCUUGAUAAUCUACCAGAAAACUCGCCCAUCAACAUUGUGCAGACACCGAUUCCUAUCAACACAUCAGUCCCCAAGAGAGCCAAGAGUCAGAGGAAGAAAGCACUGGCUGCUGCCGUGGCCACUGCACAGGAGUAUUCUGAAAUCAGCAUGGAACAGCAGAAAUUAAAGGAAGCACUGACCAAAGCAGCAGGUAGAAAGAGCAAAACUCCAGUAGAAUUGGACCUUGGAGACAUGCUGGCAGCUUUGGAAAAACACCAACAAGCUAUGAAGGCCCGGCAGUUGACCAACACCAAGCCACUCUCCUUUACUGUGGGAACAACUACAUCCUUUCAUAGCUCGGGGUCAACAAGUUUGGCGUCCAUGUUGAAGGGUCACCAGCAGCCAUGUAGCUCACUGGGAGUUCUGGAAUACACUCCCCGUAUCAAGAAGGGGAAGGAGAGAGAGAUCCCUAAAGUGAAACGACCAACAGCCCUGAAGAAGAUCAUUCUGAAAGAGCGAGAGGGCAAAAAGGGAAAAACAAGCACAGAGCAAGAACCUUCCGGCAAAGAUGAGCAGGGGGAUGAGUCUCUGAAUUUCAGUGAAGAUCUUGCACGAGAGCCUGCGUCACAAGAGGAAAGCGGUCUGAGCGUGCCCAGUGACACCUCCCUCUCUCCUGCCAGUCAGAACUCUCCGUACAGCAUCACCCCUGUAUCUCAGGGUUCUCCUUCCAGCUCAGGCAUUGGGAGUCCAAUGGCCACAAACGCCAUCACAAAAAUACACAGUCGGCGUUUCAGAGAGUACUGUAAUCAGGUGCUGAGCAAGGACAUCGACGAAAGUGUGACCCUGCUGUUACAGGAGCUGGUCCGUUUCCAGGAACAGGUCUAUCAGAAAGACCCCAACAAGGCCAAGUCCAAGCGCCGGCUGGUUAUGGGCCUGAGAGAGGUCACCAAACACAUGAAGCUGAAUAAGAUUAAGUGUGUUAUUAUAUCUCCCAACUGCGAGAAGAUCCAGGCCAAAGGAGGCCUGGACGAAGCACUUUACAACGUCAUUGCCAUGGCGAGGGAGCAGGAGAUUCCCUUUGUCUUUGCCUUGGGCCGGAAGGCUUUGGGUCGCUGCGUCAACAAACUAGUCCCCGUCAGCGUGGUCGGAAUCUUUAAUUAUUCAGGAGCUGAGGGUCUGUUCAACCGACUUGUGUCUCUGACGGAGGAGGCUCGGAAAGCCUACAAGGACAUGGUGUCGGCUCUGGAGCAGGAGCAGGCGGAGGAGGCUCUGAAGAAUGACAAGAAGGUCCCUCACCACAUGGGACAUUCCCGAAACCACUCCGCUGCUUCCGCCAUCUCCUUCUGCUCCGUCUUCUCUGAACCCAUAUCAGAGGUCAAUGAGAAGGAGUAUGAAACCAACUGGAGGAGUAUGGUGGAGAGCUCCGAUGCCCCAGAGCCUGAGGAGGUGGAGAAGACCCGUCCGCCUCCAACUGCAGCCGCACAGAAAGAUGUAGAUACACCUGCUGCCCCAGUGAGCACCGCUGCACUUCCACCCAGGACCGGGUCGGUGCCUCCGAGUGAGAAAGACGAGGUCCGAGUGGACGACCGUCUCGAACUGGCCUCACAACAGAGCACGGAGACCGGCUCGUUGGACGGCAGCUGCAGGGGCCCGCUGAACUGCUCCAUCACCUCCACCACCUCCACCCUUGUGCCUGGGAUGUUGGAGGAGGCGGAGGAGGAGGAAGAGGAGGAGGAAGAUUACACUCCUGAGCCCAUCUCCGUGGAGGUGCCGACCCUCAUCAGUCGCAUCGAAUCCUGGGUCACAAACACCUUGGAGAACCUUCAGCUGGGAAAGAGUCAGGACAGCACGGACGAGGAUGAGGAAGACGAGGAUGAUGAGGAAGAGCAGGCGCAGAGCGAUGAAGAGGAAGCACCCAGUUCUUCUGACAUGACAGAGACGGAUGAAGAAAACAAAGCACCGGAAGAGCUUCGGAAAGCGACUGGUUGACGUUGUCUCUCCGUGUCUCCUAACAUGUCAUCGCACGUCCUCCGUCUGUAUGGAACCAGCAGUUUUUUUCCUUCCGUUUGUCUGUUUCCCCUGACACCAAGCAUAAUCUCAGGUAUCCACCCUAUGGACCACCGCCCACCCCACCCCACACCAGCCCAGACCAGAACUCCCGACCAACUGACCACUUCUUCAGACCUGUUUGCUCCAUGGCCUGCAACACUUGAAUCAGAGGAAACAUUGUUAGUUGUCACCAAGGGAAAGCGGCGCCGCAGGUGUGGUCUUAGUUUGCUUUGUUUUGCAGUGUUCCACACUAAAGUGGUUCAUCAUUUGUGUUUGACGUCACUUCAUCACAGCAGUUCUUUGUUAGUUCCUAUCAGGUUUACCUCCAGAGUAUUACAGUGUCAGGGGUCUUGUUUUGCCCAGUUAACAGUCUUUGCAGCACCUCUUACAAGCUAUUCUCUGGUCAUUAAGAAUAUUUAACUUCUAAGAAGCAAAGACGGUGUGUGUAUAACCCUUUUAGGUGUGUUGGAUUUGUCCUUCCGCUCUUGCCUAGUGUUAAAGUGUAUUUGUUUUUUUUUUGUUUUUUUUCUGACCAGAGUGGUUUCAAGUUCCAAGAUGCUGUAUGUGUGCUUCAUAACGUGUCUGUUUAGUUCCCCUUGUUGCUGUUUGCUCCCUGCUGGUUUGUGUACUUAAGUAGUCGCUCCAAAAGGCCACUGACAAUUUGAAAUUGUGCUUUUGGGAAAUCACUACCUAGGCCUUUUAAAUUCUUGUUCUCUCUCUGUGUUUCUGGAAUAUAAGUAACAAGAUUGAAGCUUUUUUCUGACCAGUAUUAACUAUAAGUGAUCAUCCAAGUCGGUGUUGUAUGAAGUUUAAAAUGACAAACUGACUAUUUUUCGGCAGCCGAAGGAGACCCAUCUGAAUUUGAAUGAGUUUUCUUGGAUGAGAAACGGAUGACACCUUGUAAAUACAAGUGUACAAAGGAAAUCACUUUUUUUUUUAAAAUCAUAUUUCGGGAGGAACAGAACAGCCCUAUUCUUAAAGCCAUUUGAUAACUUUGUAUCAGUUGGAAUCCAAUAUAAUAAUGGGAUAUGAUGUUGAGAAUUCAGCAUUGACGUGGAGCUGUAAGAAACCUGCAGCGCUGUGAGUGGAAACAGCCGUGUACUGGAUAUCAUACUUGAGCUCCUGCAAGCUUUUUCCUUUUGUGUGAUGGACGGUACCCUGCGUCUGUGAUCAAUUGCCAUCACUUCCAUCUUAGUGUGUGAAGUAUGUCCGUGGAUAGAAAGUGUGUUUUUUGCACUAUGUACAUACAGUACUGCUAUUGGAUUCUUGUAACUAAUGUGAACAAAACACAAAAAUCCCCCCAUCCCCAAAAUGGUUAUAUGAAGUACUUUUUCAGUGUGAUCUCUGUCUUUAUAUAUUUAUGACUCUUUCGGUCACUAGCCAUGUUGUUGGAGACUGUUUCUCAUACUCUUGUCACUCAAAAAACUAUAUGGAUUGAUGAUUAACAUCAUUAAAAUGUUGUUUUAUGUAAAAAAAAACAAACAAAUCUCUCCUUUCAUCUCAGUUGUACGUACAAAA